AUGAAUGCGCAGAAGAUUGAUUGCCAAGAAAGAAUUAUUCAACAGAGCCAUGGACUAAUCAGUGAUUUCAAUUUUGAACUUGGUAGCCAGUCUUCUCAAAAUUUUGAUCUACAACAGGCUUGGAACAUGGGAAUUUGGGUUCAGCAGCCAACCGAGGAUCAGCCAAACAUGUCACAGCUUCAAAAUCAUGGGCUUCCUAGGUCAUCCUCCAGCAUUAUGAGCCGCUUCGAAUCGCCGGCUUCUGCUUUUUAUGCCACCGAGCGCUUUCCCUUCAGGCCAACUUACAAUGAAAGCUACGGCUCCAUGGAUUCAUCAGAGCAAGCUGAUCCAAAUUUAGACAUCAGAAACACCCUGCAGUCAAUUUUGAAAUCUCAACCGAGCAGCUAUCAUCAAUACCAGAAAUCCUCAGAGAAGCCUAAUCAAAUCCCUUUGCCAAGCAAUAACCUCUUUGAACAUCAACAAAAUAAGUUGCGUGGAGGGAGUACUGCCUCAGUUGGGAGACCCUCCUUGUCACUUCCUCCUAAAGAAAAUCAGGAUCAAGCAGGUGGUUGUAAUUCAUUCAGCACUUCUCCGGUUACACAGCUGAGCUUCUUUCCUCAGCAAGGCAAGCAAUCUCCAAGAAUUUCCUCUGGAAAUGUUUCCACCACCUAUGGUGAUUCUCCUUCAACUAGCCCCGUGCUCUCGAGUAAAACACGAAUUCGAUGGAAUCAAGAUCUUCACGAGAAGUUCGUUGAAUGUGUAAAUCGCCUUGGGGGCGCUGACAAAGCAACACCUAAGGCAAUACUGAAGAUGAUGUGCUUGGAUGGAUUAACCAUCUUUCAUGUUAAAAGUCAUCUGCAGAAAUAUCGAAUCGCAAAAUAUCUGCCAGACACUGCUGAAGGAAAAUCUGAGAAAAGAACAACUUUGAAUGUCGAACCCCAGCUCGAUAUGAAAACUGGCUUGCAAAUCAAAGAGGCGCUGCAACUGCAACUAGAUGUCCAGAGGCGUCUUCAUGAACAGUUAGAGAUUCAACGAAAUUUACAGCUGCGAAUCGAAGAACAAGGGAAGCAGCUCAAGAAGAUGUUUGAUCUGCAACAAAAAACAAGUAAUGACCUGUUUAAGACUCAGAACUUGGACAUCACAUGCCAUGAAGAUGCCCCAUCAGAUAGUCUAAAUGCCAUUCAGGUCUCAAGCCCUGAAGAUUCUGGGAAUAGCAAUUUCCCAUCCAAGAUAAAUUUUGGACUUCCACCUAAGGAUCAGGCAGGAUUUCAAAAUGGAAUGAGCAGGAUUAAUUUUAUUACAUCUUGUUAUCGGUUGCUCCUCCUUGGUGGUGGUGGUGGUGGUGGUGAAUCUGCAAUGGUGGCGCCGAUGAUGUGCUAUGUGAUGCCGGCGGGUGUUGCUAUUUUCUAG